AACCUCAAUGUGACUUGGAUUUGUUUCUGUGAUUUGUUUUACAGUUGUUAUGCAAUGCCAAGUACUAAAGUUGCAGUGGUUACAGGAAGCAACCAAGGUAUUGGUUACAGCAUUGUACAGAACCUGUGCAACCAAUUCCCAGGAGUUGUGUAUCUGACCUCAAGAGAUGAGAAGAAAGGGAGAGCUGCUGUGGAAAAUCUUAGAAAGUUGUCACUGAGUCCAGAAUACCACCAGUUAGAUGUUUUGGACGAAGAAAGUGUUUUAAGGUUUGCAAAAUACCUCAAAGAAAAACAUGGAGGGAUUGAUAUUUUGGUUAAUAAUGCCGCCAUGGCAUAUCAGGUUGAUUCUCCAGAGCCGUUUGGUGAGCAGGCCGAGACAUGUCUGGCUACCAACUACUUCGGCCUGCUGCGUGUGUGUGAUGCGAUAUUUCCUCUGCUUCGUCCGCAUGCUAGGGUGGUCAACAUGUCCAGCUGUGAAGGACACCUCUCCAAGAUACCAGGACAGAACAUCCGCGACAAGCUGACCGAUCCUACACUAACUGUCGACAGGCUGACUGCCCUAGUAAGGGAGUUCAUCGAAUCAGCCAAGGCAGGGACAUACCAUGAGACAGGGUGGGGUCGCAGCUCCUACAGGGUGUCAAAGAAUGCUGUCAAUGCUUUGACAUUCGUCCAACAGAGGGAGUUCGAUAGAGACCAUCGGCCUGACAUUGUGGUUAAUUCUGUCCACCCGGGUUUCUGUUCUACAAACAUCACUCAGUUCCGAGGCGUUCUCACCCCAGAGCAAGGUGCUGAGGCCCCUACUUACUUGGCUCUACUGCCUCCUGAUGUUAAAGAACCCAGAGGCCAGUUCGUGUGGAAAGACAAAACUGUUGUCAGUUGGGUGGAACCACUUAAAGAGAGGUUUUAAAGGGCUCUCGAGGUUAAUAUUGAUAAACUAAAAUGAAUUAUAAUUUGUAAACUAAGAUAAUAAGAAAAUUAUUGUUUUAAUAAAUUAUUUUCUUUUCUUAUAAAACUGUUUAUUUUGUAUUGUUGAUAAACAAAAGUACCACUUUUAACGAAACGUCGCGGUCCCCUAAACAAUAAUUUAUUGAAAUUUAUGAAAUUAACUGUAACUAAUACACUAACAGAGUGCUUUUAAAUCAGUGGAGGACCCAGGGAGGUGCUAGUGGAUAAGGAAAGAUUUCCCAUCUUCUAUCGCUCCUAAAACCCUAAAAAUAAGUAUGCAAACCCUAUAUCCCAUCCAAAAACCAAUA